GGGUGGGCGUGGAGUGCCCUGCCACUGUGGUGUGACGUAACAGUCCCGUCCCUGCGCCGAUCGCACAGGCGCGCUGCGUGCGCUCAUAAAGUGCUCGCUCUCCGCUCUCAGCCACCCAUCCGCCAUAUAACACGCUGCCUCCCCGUCUCAUCGCGCUCUCCCUCGUUCGUCGCAUCAUGGCACCUCCCCAUACCUUUCAGUCAAAGCCCUCCGCAGCCGUGAGGCGCAGGCUGUCCAGCGUCGCCUCGUCGAAGCGUCCCAAUGUACCCGGCUAUGCCAGUCUGCAGCCCAUGUGGGCCGGUAUCGCAGGAACCGUGGUCAACAACAACACGCAGUUCGAGGUCGCAAUGUCCAUCCACGACUCCGUUUACUGCACAGACUUCGCGUCGUCCGUCGUGCCGUACGACGCAACCAACCCUGAGAAACAGGCAACAGCCAUUGAGCAGCACGUCCUUGAGAUCCUCCGCAAAUUCUCCACGGAACACCUCUGCAAGUUUCUGGGAGCGGGUGUGACCUUGAGUCUCCUCCGCGAGGCACCCAAUUUGUGCACCCGCUUGUGGCUGGAUCUGGACGUGGUUCCAAUCGUCUUCAACAUCAAGCCCUACCACACUGACUCUGUCACUCGCCCGAACAUCAAGCACCGCAUCUCCUCUACCACGGGCUCCUAUGUCCCUUCCGGCGCGGACACGCCGACGGUCUACUACGACCCUGCACAGCUGCAGGAUACCUCCAAGCUCGGCCCCAAUGCGCAGACCAAGCUGCCGAUGCCGCGCACAGUCGAUGAGCAGGCCGACUCCGCCGCGCGCAAAUGCAUCAUGUUCUUCGGGCCCAACAACAACCCGCGCCUGAGCAUCGGCCCGCGCAACCAAGUCGCGGUCGACGCGGGAGGUAAGAUCCACCUCGUCGACGACCUCGAUGAGUACCGCAAGACGGUCGGCAAGGGCACGUGGAACGCGGUCAUCAAGCUCGCGGACGAACUGCGCGAGAAGAAGAUCAAGUUUGGGUUCUUUUCGUCUACCCCGCAGGGCGGAGGAGUCGCUCUCAUGCGUCACGCGCUCGUGCGGUUCUUCAGUGCAUUGGACGUCGAUGCUGCUUGGUAUGUUCCGAACCCGUCGCCGGCUGUCUUCCGGACGACGAAGAACAACCACAACAUCCUGCAAGGCGUCGCGGACCCCAGCCUACGUCUCACUAAGGAACAGCAGGAACAGUUCGACCAGUGGAUCCUCAAGAACGGCCUCCGAUGGACCGCGGAGGGUGGGCCCCUCGCCAAGGGCGGCGUCGACAUCGCCUUCAUCGAUGACCCCCAGAUGCCCGGCCUGAUCCCGCUGAUCAAGCGCGUGCGCCCGGACAUGCCUAUCAUCUACCGCUCGCACAUCGAGAUCCGGAGUGACCUCGUCAGCGUGGAGGGCUCGCCGCAGCAGGAGGUUUGGAAGUACCUCUGGAACAACAUCCAGCAUGCGGACCUGUUCAUCAGCCACCCCGUCAACAAGUUCGUGCCGAGCGAUGUGCCCCCAGAGAAGCUCAUGCUCCUGGGUGCAGCCACUGACUGGCUCGAUGGCCUGAACAAGCACCUCGACGCCUGGGACUCGCAAUACUACAUGGGCGAGUUCCGCUCGCUCUGCGCGAGGGAGAAGAUGCACGAGCUGGCGUGGCCCGCACGCGAGUACAUCGUCCAGAUCGCGCGCUUCGACCCGGCCAAGGGCAUCCCGAACGUCAUCGACUCGUACGCGCGCUUCCGCCGCAUGGCGCAGGGCACGGUCCCCGAGGACGAGAUCCCGCAGCUGCUCCUCUGCGGGCACGGCGCCGUAGACGACCCGGAUGCGAGCAUCAUCUAUGACCAGAUCAUCAACUUGAUCCAGAGCAAGUACAACGAGUAUGUCAAGGACAUCGUGGUCAUGCGGUGCCCGCCCAGCGAUCAGCUGCUCAACGCGCUGAUGGACAACUCCCGCUUCGCCCUCCAGCUCUCGACGCGCGAGGGCUUCGAGGUGAAGGCGUCCGAGGCGCUGCACGCCGGCAAGCCCGUGAUCGCGUCGCGCACGGGCGGGAUCCCGCUGCAGAUCGUCCACGGGAAGAGCGGGUUCCUGACGGAGCCGGGCGACAACGAGGCGGUCGCGCAGCACAUGUUCGCGCUCGCGACGGACGACGAGCUCUACGCGACGAUGGCGCAGUACGCGCGGACGCACGUCUCGGACGAGGUCGGCACGGUGGGCAACGCCGCGGCGUGGAUGUACCUCGCGGUCAUGUACUGCAGCCGCGGCGUGAAGCUCCAGCCUAGGGGUGCGUGGAUCAAUGACCUCAUGCGCGAGGAGACCGGCGAGCCGUACUUGCCUGACGAGCCGCGGCUGCCUCGCGGGGACUUGCACGUUCAGGCUUGAGCGUGAGCUUGAAGCUCGCACCGGAGUCGGUGGGGUUGGAUCGGUCGUGAGGUGUUCUUGGAUGGACCUUGUUGUACAACAGUGACUCGUAAUGACUGGCCAAGCACUGCUCCCUGUAUACCGCGUGAAACGUAGAAAAGCUGUAGAAGUAGAUCGUCGUCGCUCUCCAUUGAAAUUAAAUCGAAUUAUACACCACUUGUUUAAAACUGUUAA